AUGGAGACCAAGUCGGGCAAGGUGGACGUCGUGCUCGGCGUCAACGGCUACAUAUGGAUCUGCAAGCACAUUGAGAACCAGAGUGCGGCGGAUCUGGGCUCUUCGGGGCUGCACCGCCUGGAGGAGAUGACGAGCCUCAACAUGUACUCGAGCCAAAACGAUCACAUCGAGGUUGGAAUGAUGCGCGAGAUAGCGAGGAUACGCUGCGUUAUCGUCGCGCUGGUAGAAAACGGUCUCAAAGUCGACGAGGCCAUGGUGUGCCAGGGCUACGAGUUUGCUGUGGAAAUGGCCAACGAGGAUGUGGAGGAUAGCAUAUACCUAGGGGGAGAAAGGAGAAAGACUAGCCGAGGAAUUACGGAAGUGAUAACUUGA